AUGGCCCCAAACAACUCUCCACUGCACCCUGCUGCCACCUUCAACAAUCAUGGAUUCUAUAAGCUUUCUCGAUACCUUAGGUAUCUCAAAUACUUUCACAAUCGUCCUCUCUAUCCGUCAUUUCCCAUUCAACCUUCUGCCUUCAGAAAGUAUGAUCUUGACAUUCCUAGUCUCAUUCACAAGGUUGGCUGGGAUUCUCUUUUUGAGAAUCAACGUUUCAAUCAGUGUCCUGAAGGAGUCAGAAUGUUUUAUGCUAGUCUGAAGCGUGGGCCUGGCUCCAGCCCUACCUUUUUCACCACUGUGGUGUACAAUCAUGAAAUCAAGGUUACAGCUUCCCUCAUGGCUCAAACUCUUGAUCUCCCCUGUCUUGGGUCUUCUGCCGCCACAAAUGAUGAUUUUGCCUCCAUUGUCUUUGACUUCGGUUCUGCCAUGGAAUCCCUUACUCAUGAUAUUGGGAGGUACUAUCCCUCCAUGUUGUCUGCUGGUCGUCUUGCUGAUCGGUUCAAGGUACUUCACUUCUUCAUCACAAGGAUACUGCUCCCUCGCAGUAUAUCACCAAAUGAACUUGUACAUCCUGCUGAUGCUUGGAUUAUGGCCAAUGCUCGCGAUGGAAUCCAACUCAACUUCUCUGCACUUAUGUUUGCUCAUAUGAUCAACUAUGGUGACGAGAAUUACUCUAGUCCUCUCCCAUUUGGUCCUCAAAUCACACGUCUUCUCCAUAGGAUAGGGAUUGAUCUUCGUGAUAAGCUAAUUGUGUGUGAUGUCCGAGAGGACCUACGUGCUCAACACAUCCUUACUCGUGUUGAUGCCCAAGUUGGUAGGAGAAAGCCUGUCAUUUGCUCAGGGGGAGAGUCUGCUGAUACCCUUGCUUAUGUGGAGGCUGCUCCUGCAACAUCUAAUGGCCAAUUGGUUCCUGCACUCCUGGAGGUUGUGUCUACAGUACUUGACAGAAUCACUGCUAUCAAGCGCAAGGAACUAAUUGGUUUAGAGUUUCAUCAUGCUCAGAUCAAGAGGGCAAAGGAGUCUGCUUCUUCAACCUCUCAGGAUGAAGAAACAGAAGGAAUAUCUGAUUAUGAAUCUCCACCCGAGUAUGAUUUUUGA